AUGGUUCCUGCACAAAUACGCCAGCGCGGACGCGCUUGUCGCACGCGCAAACCGGCGUUCGGCCUGUUUCUGCCACUGUGCACGCUCGGCCCGCCAAGCAACGCCAGCGCGCAAUCCAAGCUCCAUAUCGAGGGCGCGAAGGACGGCAGUGGCACGACAAAGAGCGGGACCAUGCGCCGCUCGCUGACCAUCACUCGGCUGUCUGGUGGAGAUCUUGCAUGGGGCUUCCGCUCGAGAAGUCGUGAGGAUAUGAUGGAGUGGUGGAACGAUAUCCGGAUGCUGUGCGCACGGUACCUGGUCUCGAGCAAAAAGAUGGAGAGGAGCGGGCCGGUUGCGGCUGCUGUGCGGUCGACUGGGCACGUCAGGGAAGAGGAGGAUUCCGAGGAAGGAAGUAGCAUCGAUGAGAAAGAGGACGACGACAAGCUCGAGUACGUUCUUUCCGCGGAGAGAUGGGUCCACCAAACUAUUCGAACGGACGACUUGCGACCCGAUCACUCUCGCAAUCUGUCCGCGGUUGAUGGCGGUGCCAAUGUCUCUCACCGACCAAGCAAGCGGCAGCAGGAAACAGCACUGGAAGGCCGUCCCCCGCACGCAGCCGAGGAACCAUCCGCUGAGUUGGAGCCACCAGUCGAAGACGCUGCCCCUGCGCCCCCUGUGGAGAGUCGGUUGCUCAAGGACCUCUAG